AAAACUUCCAUCUUCGCCUCUCUUUCUCUCUCUAGAUUGUGUCGGUGUCGGUGUCGGUGUCAGAUCUCCCCCCACACCAGCUGCUACAGCAUAAAGGUUUCCUUCAGAUCCACACAUUCGGGCGCUCUUUUGCAUUGUGCAAAAGCCCAAUUCUGUAUAUAAAUAACAUCGGAGGGUUUUCGAAUCAUGGGAGGUUUUGUUGCGGAGGAGAUGUUGUUUCCUGUCGCUUUUGCUCGUCUAUGAUUGCGGGCGAGGAGGCGGAGGAAGACGAGAGAGGAGAAGCGGUGCGUUUUAUGAUCGAUCGCUCUCUCUUUGUCUUCAACGAUAAUUCGAAGCGUACGAGGUGGGACUGCUCCUUCGCCGUCCGUAGCCGCGGCCGAUGGGGCAAAUGCGGCUGAAUGUGUGCUGAAUCGUUUCCGAUUGAGGUCUGGAGGAACGUCAAUUGAAUUGAAUUGAAUUGAAUUGAAUUGAAUUUUAUUUAUUCAUUCAAUUCGUUGUUUCGUGAGUGCUGUUGGAAAUUCUUCUUCGGGGGGAGAUUUGAGUUUUAUCGGCAAUGCAGCCUGAUCAGCGCAAGAAAGGUUCGGCGGAAUUGGAAUUCUUCUCUGAAUAUGGUGAUGCAAGCAGGUUUAAGAUCCAGGAGAUCGUAGGUAAAGGCAGCUAUGGUGUUGUUUGCUCAGCGGUCGAUACUCAUACAGGUGAAAAAGUGGCAAUAAAGAAAAUACAUGAUAUCUUUGAACACCUUUCUGAUGCUGCUAGAAUACUUCGGGAGAUAAAGCUUUUGAGGCUGCUCAGACACCCAGAUAUUGUUGCAAUAAAGCACAUUAUGCUUCCACCUUCAAGGAGAGAAUUCAAAGAUAUAUAUGUUGUUUUUGAACUCAUGGAAUCAGAUUUACAUCAAGUCAUUAAGGCUAAUGAUGACUUGACACGGGAACAUCAUCAGUUUUUCCUAUAUCAAUUGCUCCGUGCUCUAAAAUAUAUUCACACUGCCAAUGUAUAUCAUCGAGAUUUGAAACCGAAGAAUAUUCUGGCAAAUGCCAACUGUAAACUAAAAAUAUGUGAUUUUGGAUUGGCUAGAGUAGCAUUCAACGACACACCUACAACAAUAUUUUGGACGGACUAUGUUGCUACAAGAUGGUAUAGAGCUCCGGAAUUAUGUGGCUCAUUUUACUCUAAGUAUACUCCAGCAAUUGACAUAUGGAGCAUUGGCUGCAUUUUUGCUGAGGUUGUAACGGGGAAGCCACUUUUCCCUGGGAAGAAUGUUGUUCACCAGCUGGAUAUGAUAACCGACCUUCUUGGAACACCUUCUAUGGAUACCAUUUCUCUCGUUCGGAAUGAAAAGGCUAGAAGGUAUCUUACAAGCAUGCGAAAGAAGCAGCCAGUUCCUUUUGCUCAGAAGUUUCCAAAUGCUGAUCCUUUGGCUCUUCGGCUCUUGGAGAGGCUGCUUGCUUUUGAUCCAAAGGAUCGUCCAACUGCUGAACAGGCACUAGCUGAUCCUUAUUUCAAGGGAUUGGCUAAGGCUGAGAGAGAACCAUCCUGUCAACCAAUCUCUAAAAUGGAAUUUGAGUUUGAGAGGCGAAGGGUGACAAAGGAAGAUGUAAGAGAGUUAAUAUAUCGGGAGAUACUGGAGUACCAUCCUCAGCUGCGGAAGGAUUAUAUCAAUGGAAUCGAAAGAACUAAUUUUCUUUAUCCUAGUGCACUCGAUCACUUUAAAAAUCAAUUUGCUCAUUUGGAAGGAAGUGCUGGUAAAAGUGGACCAGUGAUUCCACUUGAAAGAAAGCAUGCUUCCCUUCCUAGGUCUACUACCAUUGCAAAUUCCACUAGAGUACCUCCGAAAGAGCAGCCAGCUGUUGCAAAUGCAAGGGAUCGGCAUAACUCUGAAGAAUCAGGCAGCAAAAACUCGAGAGAUUCUGAAGGGCCUUACAAUAGUUUGUCAAGACCCUUACAUCCACCACAGAGGAUCGCACAAGCUAAACCAGGCAAAGUUGUUGGUCCGGUGUUGGCGUAUGAGAAUCCAAAUGGCGCCAAAGACUUUUACGAUCCUAGAACGCUUGUCAGACACACCGCACUCCCCCACCAGGGUGUCCCCUCGUCUCAUCCCAGUAGGAACAACACAGGGAGGAUGGAGAGACCGAUGGGUGAGACCGGGAGAGACUAUCCUACAAAUACAAAACAAGCAAUGAACUGCGGCAUAGCUGCCAAGUUAGCCCCUGCAGACGUAAGUCACGUGACAAUAGACAUCGAUACCCAUCCAUAUUUUACGAGCCGAGCAGGGGCCACAAAGGUGGACCGUUCCGAUGACAGGGUCAUCGUGGACACAAAUCUGCUGCAUGCCAAAGCUCAGUAUGGUGGGCUUGGAGUCGGUGCAGCAGCAUCGGCUAAAGUGGCUGUUCACAGAAAAGUAUCGGUGAUGCAGUAUGGCGUGGCGCGGAUGUAUUAGCCGAAGGUCUUGUGUAAAUCUCAGGUCUGUGCAUAAAAAAAUGGUAGUAGUGUUGGCAGCAAUCUUUCUGCAACUCUUGGCUUUGGAUGGUUAGGUCUGGUUAGAUGUGAAAAGCUCUUUUUAUUCCUUUUUUGUCAUGUGAGUAAUAAAUACUAAAUAGUAUGAUGAUAGUUACAAUUUCACAUCUCAAUUCUUGGCAAACUCUCUCUAAUAAAUACAGUAUUAUUUUUUUGUCAA